AUGCAGGCCACCGAGCAUGCGCCCACGCACAUGCCUUCGGAUGCGGACUUGCUGAGAUCAGGCAUACCCACUGGCCGUACCGGGAUCGCUUAUCUAGCAGCAUGCGAGUGCUCCAUUUGCCAGACCCAGUAUCGCAACUUCGUCUGCCAGUCCAUUGACGAGUACGCAUACGUCGGAGAGCGCAAAGACGAUGGAGCGCAAGCCCUGCUCACUUCGUACGUCAAGCAGAUCAUGGAAGACCAAAACUUCAUCCGGGCUGAACUGCAGCGACACGGCGAUGGACUACUUGAUUGGUGGCGAACACGACGUCCCAGUGGUAGAAAGGCCUUUCUUGACCAGGUAGCACCGCAGCUACCGAAGACGAAAGACACACAGGCCGAAUAUCAGGGCAAGCGGCAUACUCCGGAAUACGCGGACUUCUUCGACCCUCAAAAGUUGUGGGUGCUUAAGCAAGCUGAUAGGAAGAGUAACCGCCACGCAUUCUUACUACCCUACCUCACCAUACCAACACUCGCCAAGGAAUCGUUCACGCUAUUCGCUCUCCUGUAUACCCGCGCCAAUGCGCGACUAGAAGACUGGGCCGCUUUUGACAAUGACCAGUUGACUGUCAACUGGAACUGUCCUUUCCUAAAUGUUGAGUUCAAUCCAGGGUGCGUUGUGCUCUAUGGACCAAACUAUGGGCAGCUUAAGAAGUGGAACAAGGAAUCAGUACACAGGGGCGAUUACCUCGGCUUUCCACGUGCGCAGAUACUCCUAGAAGCACAGGCUAUACUGAUGGCGACACUAAGACGCAUCUUGGAGAACGCCAUCGAGCGCAUUCCUCGAAGCCCAUCCAAAGUCCUUGAUUCGUUCGUCGAUUUCGUAUCCACUGAACCAGUCUAUCUUCGCCGGUAUCCACGUGUAAUCGGCCAGACGUCCGCGAUCCACGCGUUCGAGAGCUCCGAUUGGCCUACUAAAGUGCUUCUCAUGGAGAUCAAGACUCUGUUGGAAGCAUGUUGGUUCUGGCAAGGCGUCCUUGUCGAGCUAGAACAUGCAAAGGGCAUCUACGAUCGCUUUCGGGAUGCCAUUGGACAAGGUUCUGCGCUGCCGACCCAGGUAGAAAGUGCGCUUGGGGCGCUGGAAGCCUUGUUGGAACAAGGCAUUGAUGUACGCGGAAGGGAGCUUCGUUGUCUCGUUCAGGAUCGUCCCGCCUUCUCCGGAAUGUACAAGGAGGUAAAUGACGAAGCCACCAAGUCGCGUAUCACUGGACUUAAGGAAGUAUCCGGUAGACCAGAGCCAGCUACCGAAUACGACACCCAUCGUCUUUGGUGGUGCCUGGGCAAUCUGCUCGGCACAUACGAUACGACAGGCCGUCUACCAUAUCCACUACUCUUUGGAAUUCUUGAUGACCAUCUCGGGGCUGCUGGCGCGAACGAACGCAAGAAGAUGGAUAAGAUAUUGUACGAGCGUUUCUCGGAUUUCGCCACAAUGCUGAAGCUCUUUGAGGCACUUCGCUUACACCGUCCCACCUAUGCGCUACGUGACUCAGAGUGCUGUAAGACCACGGAAGAUCGCCUCGGAUGGAGACGUAUGCGUCUAGCAAAUCACAUCCAUUCCUCUCCUGAUAGCGUGCGGCGUACUCUGAAAACUCUUCAGAAUACUCAGCCUCCAGCGGGAGGUAAAGGCGUGAAGUGGCUUCAAGCGUUCGAUGCCGAUCAUGCUGCGCUACAAGCAUUCUGGCGAUCAUUGCUCGUCUACUACCGAGGAUGGCAUACGCGAUGUAAGUUUAGUAUGGAAGAUGUCACGUACUACCUACAGGCCCUGCAAUUCUGGGAGAGCGAAGACUAUCGCAAGCAGCUUGAAGCCAAGCGUCAGUCCGUCGUCUCCGCUAUCGAGAAGCGCGUCGACGUAGGCGAUGACAUCGCCUUUCUUCCUCUGCCUAUCUCAGCGCCCGUCGCCUCUUCGUCGAUCACCCACGAGACCAAACAAAAGAUCAAGACACGGGGAGCUCAGCCCGUUGGCGAGCUACUUGAAGCAAAGGAUCACACCGCUACGAAUGAUUUGCUCAUGCGAAUCGAGGUACCGAAGCGUGCGUUUACCAUGUUCCGCGCCAUGUAUCUCGAAACCUUACAGGAGCGCUCUGCUGAGAUUGCCUGGGACGCGUUUGUGCUCAGCAUGGCUGACGCUGGCUUCUCUUCCCACAACGGCGGUGGCUCGAUCGUGAUCUUCGAGGAGAAAGCCGGCCUGGGUAAGAUCAUCUUCCAUCGCCCGCAUCCGUCGUCGAAGAUCGAUCCCGUCAUGUUUCAGGGUAUGGGUCGGCGUAUGAAUAAGCACUUUGGAUGGAGCAGGGAGACGUUCGCUGUAGCUGGUAAGACUGGCAAGGCUGGAGGAUAG